UCACCGAGGGGCGUGGCCUCGCCAACAGAGUCGGUCUGUUUGGAGCUAACGUAACUGAAGGCACAGAGCUCAAGUGUUGUUUUGAAUUUGCUGGAAAUCACCGACUGCAAAAAAAAAAAAAAAAAAAAAAAAAAAAAAAAAGAGGGGAGGGGGAUUUAAGAGCCCGCAAAAAGAAGAAGAUGGCGGAUGUCGGAGGCGAUGAAAUUCGGCCGGCUCACCCGACGGCGUCCCGCUUCAACGGUCCAGCCGUCGGUCCGUCCGCGGGCCAGAGCGCAGCAACGGUAACGUCUGGUCCUCGGGUAGUGCGGAUCGUCAAGUCGGAGUCUGGCUACGGUUUCAAUGUUCGCGGUCAGGUCAGCGAAGGAGGGCAGCUUCGCAGCAUCAACGGGGAGCUGUACGCUCCUCUUCAGCACGUCAGCGCGGUUCUACCCGGAGGUGCAGCAGACCGAGCGGGGAUAGCGAAGGGUGACAGGAUCCUUGAAGUGAAUGGGGUGAACGUGGAAGGAGCGACCCAUAAGCAAGUGGUGGACCUGAUCCGUGCAGCGGAGAAGGAGCUGGUUCUGGCCGUUCUGUCCGUUCCGCCCCAGGAAGCUGAUGGAUUAGAAGGAGGGGAGGACAUCCAGCCGAACUACGACUACAGCGACAAGCAGGCGGUGCCCAUUUCCAUCCCCAUGUACAAACAUGUGGAGCAGCACUCAGAGAGGUUUGUGGUGUACAACGUGUACAUGUCAGGCAGACAGCUGUGCUCGAAGCGCUACAGAGAGUUUGCCAUCCUGCACCAAAACCUGAAGAGGGAAUUCUCAAACUUCAACUUCCCAAAGCUUCCUGGGAAAUGGCCCUUCUCCCUGUCCGAACAGCAGCUGGACGCUCGGCGCAGAGGCCUGGAGGAGUACCUGGAGCGAGUAUGUUCUGUGCGGGUGAUAGGGGAGAGUGACAUCAUGCAGGAGUUUCUCUCUGAAUCAGAUGAGAACUACAAUGGAGUCACAGACGUGGAGCUGCGGAUAGCUCUGCCUGACAAAACCACCAUCUCUGUGCGGGUUCGUAAAAACAGCACGACGGACCAGGUGUACCAGGCAUUAGUGCUGAAGGUUGGAAUGGACAGUAUUAUGGCAAGCUACUUUGCUCUUUUUGAAGUCAUCAACCAUUCUUUUGUGAGGAAACUCGCUCCGAACGAGUUCCCCCACAAGCUUUAUGUGCAGAACUACACAUCCGCCGUUCCUGGGACGUGCUUAGCGCUCCGCAAAUGGCUGUUCAGUGUCCAAGAAGAAGAGCUGCUCAGAGACAACCCGCUGGCGCUACACUACUGCUUCCACCAGGCACUGGACGAUGUGAAGAAGGGAUUCAUAAAAACGGAGGACAAAUCCUACCAGCUGCAGAAACUGGCAGAGCAGCGCAAGAUGGCCACAUACCUGAGCCUGCUGCGGACAUGCGAGGGCUAUAAUGAGGUGGUCUUCCCCCACUGCUCCUGUGACUCCAGGAGGAAGGGCCACGUCAUCACCGCCAUCAGCAUCCAUCACUUCAAGCUGCACGCGUGCACCGAGGAUGGCACGCUGGAGAACCAGGUAAUAGCUUUUGAGUGGGCAGAGAUGCAGCGCUGGGACACUGACGAGGAAGGCAUGGCUUUCUGCUUCGAGUACGCCAGAGGGGAGAAGAAACCGCGCUGGGUUAAGAUUUUUACUCCAUAUUUCAACUACAUGCAUGAAUGCUUCGAGCGUGUCUUUUGUGAGCUGAAGUGGAGGAAGCAGGUGGAGGAAGAGGAAUCUGAUAAAGACAACAAAAACUGCAGCAACAAUGAAUACCUGCCUCCUCUGGAGACGCAACAGAAGGGAUGGCGCCACCUAGGGGGGGAAAUCGCAACGUCCUAAAAAAAAAAACCAGAAAGAAAAAAAAGAAAAGGGUAUUCUUCACUCAAACUAAAACUGAUCCACUCGCAUCAUCACAGCCACCUACAGAAAGCGACCAUUGACAAACAGAAGAAGUGAGAGUCUGAGGCGGAGGGGGGGAAAACAAAGUCACUCCCAAAAUAAAUCCAAGGAUGGGCAGAGUGAGAAGAGAAGCGAAGGAGAAUCAGCAUCAACCAGCUUUUGUGUAAUUUACUAGAUCUCCAACGUGUGUCUGUUGUUUUUCCUCCAUGUGACGUUUGGCUCAACACUAGAAAAGUCUCACCACUGGACGGGUCGAGGUGUGCAAGCGCCUGAUUCUUUACUAAUCAGGUCGAACACCCUCGCAGCGGGUGAAAGAGCUGAUUCACCCGCUUGUACAGCUUCUGGGAUGACUAUUGGGUCCAGAUGUUCUGCUUCUGGGUCUCAAAAGGCAAAUCGAGCUGAGACACAGAGGGAAAAAGACAAAGAAGAGGAGAGGUACAGCAGACAAUGGGUUCCACUUCUUUAAGUCAGUGAUAAACACAAGCAAAAUCCUGCUCUACACUUACACUGGUGCCGGACAUUAACAGAAGUUUUUAGUUUUAUGGGGUUUUUUUUCUGUUUCUGGGGUUCUGACUUUGUCGGAGAAUAUGGCCAGCACAAAUGUAACAAUGAAAAUGGAUGUGUUCGUAAUUAUUUGUAUGUUAACAAUUAUGCCUCUGUUAAGAAAAUAUAGAUUAAUAUAAGACCAAGUAAAAUUAGGGGUUCUUUUUUUUUUGUUUGUUUUGAUCUGACAUAAUGAAACGCUAACUGAACUGCUGGCAGGGAGCUCAAACUAAUCCAUCUUUCACCUCGUCCUCCAGCCUAAUUCAGCAGAGAGUGACUUCUGUUGGCACUUCGCCAUUAAUCUCAACAUAUUAUUUAUCCUCAUUCCAAGUGAUAUUUUUUCUUUUUUGUAGUUUACUGGCAAACAUUGUUGUGAAGAGGUGGUGUUGACAUUCUCAGCUCCUGAACAAAAAAACGUCUCAAGCCAAAGCUUUAAUGUUUUUGAAAUGUCUCACUUUAUGCAACGUCAGUUUGUGAAUACAAACAUGACGGGACGGGAUUCACGAGGUGAGGUGUGCCGAGCUGCAGUUUUGUUGGGUGGCCACCAGGGAGCAGCAGCAGCUAAGACGGGGAGCUGGAAUGGAAAUCUCACUGUGAUUCCCUCCGGGUCUGUAAGCCACCCGAAAGUAUCAGUCUCCUGCAGUUUGUCCAUUAAGCAAGUCAGGAGGAAAAGAUGUGGUGUGUGUGUGAAAGCAGAUGUGCAUGGAGGUGUGUGACUGCCAUCCGCAUUCAGAGCGAUUCCUCCUCCUGCACAUACAUGAAUACAGUAUUUGAUGUGUGCAGAUGCACUUGAUAAAAUUUAAAUUUGACAGAAACCUUUGUGACUUUCUGAUGAAUAUGGUGGUUCGUUCGUGUCUUUCUGUGUUGUCAGGAGACGGCGUCAGCGUCUUGAUUUCGGGGUUGUAGUUUUGUUUGUCCCGCCGAGGGUUAGAGGUUUAUCUCUGAGGCAUGGGCCGGUUAGCGGCGUCGGCGUUAAAGUUUCAGAGCAGAUAAAAUUCCCCAAUCUGCCAAUAGAUACCUUUUAGUGAUUUAAAAAUUUUCUUCAGCUGUACAGAGCAAAGAAUCACACAGCUCUGCUCUAACUCUCUUACUCUUUCUUUACUAAUCUGCAAAUACAAGGUAUAACAUAAUGUAGGUGGUUUUGAUUUAUGCACAUACAACUUUAAAAGUUAAACAUGUAUGCUAGUUGGAUUAAUUAUUGCUUUUCUGUUUUAAAAUUAGGCUUUGACUUUUCUUUUUUUUUCCAUUUAGAUUUUUGAAUAAAUAUUAAAGUAAUAAAGAAGGUUAAGGUUUAGAAAAGGCAAAUAAAAUACAGCCAGAUCCUAAUAGUACAUAAAAUACUGAAUAUAAAGGGCAACCAAAAUAUGUUUAAUAAACAUAUGUGCAAUAGAGAAGACAGGCAGCACUUGUAGAAGAAACACUGAAAAUGUAUAAAUUUAACAUUUAAAAAACUAAAAGGCAGCAAAAGGUAAGCCAUGGAUAAAUUUCAAAACUAUAAAAUUAGGCAAAAAAUCUAUGUUAGACAAUCAAAUGGCUUAAUAAAGUUAAGCCCAACAUUGUUCCAGAUUUGGUUUUCAGGCAAAUCUUUUCACUUACCAACAUAUUUCCUCUGACCAGCUAGUAUAAGAAGGGUUGGACUGAGCGAAAACCAAUAAAACUUUUAUGCUUUUAUUGUUGAAGUUGAUCCUCUUAUGUUUUAUCACCUUCUGAAGGAUGCUUGCACCAUUUCCUAUUGGAAACAAACUUUUUAGUUGGAUGAAAACUAAUUUUGAAUCUUGAGCUCAAACACUAUUUUUUUUGUAAAUAAAUUUUUGCAUAAACACCAUAAAACGUUGAUUUAUUUUUAUUGUUAUCAUACAGUGAGAAUCUCAGACCGGCCCAUGCCUGUUCUCAACCAAUCAUUUCUGAGUCAUUUCUGAGUCAUUCCUUCGCUUCGCUCACAAUUUGCCAGCAACCAGAAACUUGAAAUCAAUACUUUUUGUUCAUGGCGGUCUUUCUUUCUUUCUCUGAUGUUUAUGUGUAAAGUGUUCCGCUGCUGUCAUAAUAAGCUUUCCGUAGGCAUUGUGCCGUCUGAGUGCGUCCUCUGUGUUUGUCGUUGACAUUGCUGAUAAGCCCGGAUGCUCCGAUUGGACGAGUCUGAUGAGCUGUUGGUGUGAGAGCCUCAGAUUGAAGAUGGAGGGGUUUAAACUGUAGACGGCAAAGAUGUUGGACAGAUUUAGACUAAUGGGGGUUUUUCUCCUGUUUGACUAACAUUGCUUAACCCACACACACACACACUCGCAGAAAAUAAUAAAUAUAUUCCCGCCUUUCUGCUACCAGAGCAGCAUUGUUAAGUGAAGCUCAGAAUAUGUCAUGUGAUAGUUGCCUUUAGGUUAAAAACAGCUAACAUGUUGGUGUGGCGUCUUGUGUUGAACUCAUCAUGGGUCGUUUGAUUGAGAAGCUGCGGAUGUGCGGGUUGCUGGACCACCAAAGUAAUAGCCAAUUUGGAUCUGGAUGAUUGAAGAACUGCAGCUGCUCAGCCAUGAUGCUGUUGUUUAUUUAUUUUUUUCCUCCCCCUCUGCGCGAUAAAGAGACGAGACGGUCUGAGGGUUGUGAUUGUGCGCGCUGCCUUGUUUGUCCUCUGCUGCCUCACUCUCUCCAGGUUUAGUCUCCCGUCAUCGCAGGGGGAUGCGGUUGCCGUGGCAGCAACACGUUGGCUCAACACGCUCAGUGCAGCUUCUGUUCCUUUUAUUCCCGCCAGCCAACCGACUCGCUCCUCCUGAUAAUGUAUUCAGAGCUGUGUUUGGGGUUGUGUGUGUGUGUGUCUUUUAUUUUUAUUUUCUCCCCCCACUGUUUGAUGUUUGUUCUCUGUCCCCGUGGCUCGUGCUGCUGUGAAUAGAUUUAUAGAAAGCUGCUUCAAAAAUAUAUAUAUAUAUAUUUGUGGUUUGUUUUUGUCUCGACUGUGUCAGAUAUCAUUUCACAGCUCGGUCAUUGGCAGGUGUGUGUUGAUGGCGUCGUCCGUCGAACUCGUGAAACUUAAUGUCAUGAUAAUGAAAAUGAAAGCAAAGACGCGACAGGAAUGUAAAGAAGUGCGUUUUGUAGAGAUGACAAGUUGUGUACGUGUGUGUGUGUGUGUGUGUGUGUGAGAUGCUGGGCGACCCGCGCUUUUAAUUACGCUGUUGUUUUUCGAAAAUAAUUCUUUCAAGUAGGAGAUAAUUGACAUGAAUGUCGGUGAAGCAAAUAUAGUGAUAGUGAAGGUAAAGUGAAAGAGAAACAGAGCUUAUUCCUCAUUAACUAGACUGUCGUCAGGAUUUUUGUGUUAAACAGGUAUAGUGGGCCUUUUCUUUUUAGAUGUGGAGCAUUUCAUGAUGAUCACACUCCUCAGAUGUCUUUGGGUUAUUUUUUGUUUGUUUGGGUGGUUCAGUUGGAGUCUCAUUACCGACACUAAUACCUGAAUUAGAGAUGCACCGAUAAGAGUUGGUGGUUGAUGCCAAUUUUUCCUGGUUUCUUUGUUCAAACUAUGAUUAUUCUUGAAUGUACACCAAAUUGACUUUAAUAUGCACAAAUUCUCAGUAGAAACUAUCUUGCUAUCUUGUCAGUGGCUGACAAUCAUGGUUUCCUUAUCUAUGCUUCUGGAUUGGCUACUUUGUAAACGUCAGCCAAUAGUAGCAUUUCUCUGAUAUUUCAGAUUCCCUGGUAAAAGUUAAACUUUUUUACAACUAUCUAUAUCUGAUAUAUUUUCUUUCAAAUAUUUCAGAUAUGCAUUAUGAAGACAUCCACAAGUAUCACGGUUUUCCCAGGGUUUAUAAGCCUGGCGGGUCACCAGGCUUUACUUACCCACCAGGCUAAGCAUUGCUUAUUUAUUUAAGUCUCUUUAAAAUGUUUCCAUUUUUUAAAGACUUUAUAGUUGGUGUUCAGGUAUUAAUCUUCCAAUCUUUUGGUUUAACACAUAAUUAUCAAGUGAUAUUUUAACAUUUUUCUGGGGGAAACUUUGAACAGGCACAUUUUUUUCAUGACCAAUUCCAAGUUACAUUUUUCUGAAAAUUCCACAAACAGGCAGGUAAUCAAAAUGUGUCUUGGGUUUUUUUUUAUUUUUUUUAUUUGUCCUUUAGCAGGUUUGUUCCUCUGCUGCACAGCCAUGUGUUGCCAUUUGACCCCAAAACAAAAACUCUUGUACCAGCAGGAUUUCAAAGUCAGAAACUUUCAAAAAAUGUCUUGGUAAUUGUGGGAAACAGCUGGAAAUAAAUUACAUAAAUAUUUGUUUUCCCAGCUGUCCAUGUCCCAUUUGCAAGUGAAACUAUUUUCCAAUUAGAUAUAUUUGAAAAUACAAACAGCCUGUGCCUGUGAUGAAAGAGCACACUCUGCAUGUAGGGGGCGUGGCCUCACUGUGCGCUAUGUGCAUGUGAUAGAAGACCAGUAUGAAUAUACUCAGACUUGCAUGCAUGAACACAAGAGCUGCACUUCUUUAAAAACUUUUUUCAUUGCAUUAAUUUUACUUAAAAUUGCAAUUACUGUAUUGGUUGAUUAAUCCACAUUUCAAAAGUCACUUCUUAGUCCCAUAAAUUGCCAUGUAAAAUGUUUGAUUUUGAAAGUUUCUGGAUUUUUGCUAGCAGGAUCAUUUCUCUAGGAAUAAUACUUGAUAUUGUUUUCGAGUGUUUAAUGUUUUGCCAUCUCUUGCAUACAUUGGGAUUCUGAUUGUUGUUCAGACUACUUACUGUGAUCCUUGAUCAAAACCCAAUAAGCUUUGACUGUUUAUAUGAAUAGACAGUCAAAUUUUGGUAGAGUUAGAUUAAGUACUCAGUUCUCAAAGCCAGUAUGAAGCGUCCCAAACUGGGUAUUAAUUGACACCUGGUUGGUCCAAAACGUCCUGUGACUGACGACUCCUUUAUGCCUCCGACGUUUUCAAGUAUGAAAAUAUCAAAACCGCAAAAGUACAAAAUGUUGGAGACAAAAUGACCAGUACAGAUUCUUACUCCUCAUUGGAACACUUUGUACAAGCUUUAACAACUAACGACUUUUUAAAUUCAUUCUUCUAGUAUCCACUUGUCGUCUAUUGUAAUUUUGCGGAUGAAUCAAAACAUUGAUAUCCACCUGAUUAUGGAUCGUAAUCAGUCAUAUUUACAACAGUCAACUGGAUAAAACAGGAACCAGGUCAAAAAUCAUUUGAAUUUGGCUGUAAUACAAAGUCUGUAGAAAGUAAUCUUAGUCAACCGAUGGGUGAAACUGAAGCAAUAGUUUACAUAACUCAUAAAUUACUGAACUACACAGAAAACCGAACUUCUAUGAAAUAAUUUGAGUUCAUGGAUAUGAAAAGUUUCUUUCUUUUUUUUCUCUUUUCAAAGUAGUGGCAGAAAUGGCAACACGUGGAUGUAAAAUGAGGCUAUUAGCUAAUAACAGGGGACGUCACACUGGGUGUGUGCUUGAGAUGAGCUGCUGUAAAGUUAUUAUAUUAUUAACUCUAUUUAAAAAUAACACACUUAAUGAACGACUUCAGGUUUCAUUUUAAUAACUUCUUUCAACUUAUGUGGUUGAAAAUAGCGUGACGUCUUCUGACAUCCACUCUGAAGAGUGUUGUUAUUACGACUCGUGGUCUCUUCACUAACUGGGAAACAAUUGAUUUCUGUCCUUUUCGCCCGGUUCUUCUCGGUGCAUCUCUUGCGGAAACUCAGUAUUCAUCCAGAUCAGAUCAGUGUUUGCAUCUUUUACCUUUAAUUAACAUGACAGGUGGAUGUGUUUAUAAAAUAUUUGCCUACUUAAACUUAUCUGUUCACUGCUUUGAAAGGUUUUCCAAAGCAGCAGGAAGACGCUGACACAUUAAAGAAAAUACGUUUUCAAAAACUGUCAUCACCAAGGUGUUGUUUAACGAGUCCUAACAAAAGAAGCAGACUCGUUUUUUUCUCCAACUCAGAGCCUUUUAUUUAUUGGAGCAGAUUUCGUAAAGAUUGGUGGAUUUCUCGUGCUUCAACCAUCGAGGCGCCGGUUCAGCUGCACGGAAGACGACCACAAACGGUGGUUAAAAGACAUGCGGUUUCUCAUUCAAUAAGUGUAUAAAGACUACAAUUAACUCAAGCUAAAAAAAUAAAACAAAAAUAAAAAAGUAUAAGGUUUUAUAUUUAAAAAGGUCUUUGAAGGUUUACUAACCAGUAUAAAUACAUGAAAAAGAAGAAAAAAGUUUUAAAAAUGUUGUGUAGAGUAAUAAAUUGUAACAAUAUUUUAAAUAAAGUUCUAUAUAUUGAGAA